GGUGGGUUCAACUGUCAAAAUCAGGUGCUUGAUAGCCGCUUAUCGUCUUUCACAUUUGAAACUCUUUUGCGUAAUAUUUGUUUCCUAAUUUUUGAAAACUAGAAUAUAUAUAGUUGAGUAUUGAAAAUGGCCCCACCCGUGCUUAGAGGUCGAAACUAUGUGCUAUUUAUUGGCGGAAUCGUGGGAUUGAUUGGCUUGGCCUGCUACCCAAUCAUAAUCGAGCCCAUGAUGAAUCCGGAAAAAUAUAAGAAACUACAGCAGCAAAAUCGUGCCGGCAUUAGGCAGGAAGAUGUGCAACCUGGAAAUAUGCGAGUGUGGAGCGAUCCAUUUAAACCUAGGACAGACCGACCUACGUAGAUAAAGAUCGCCGGAAUGCAAUGAAUAGAGUUGCAACUCAUUAUUAGUUUUGUUUUUGCAUGUAAUUCAGAAUUUGAGUAAAUACAUUUAAAUAUUUAUAUCCAAGUGAUUGAAAAAAUCACAGGAGGGUUGUGUGCAAGGCCACGACCACAAGGUUGAAGUAGAAUACUUUUACAAGGAAGAUAACCCGGCUGUUUGCGUGUCAGUCAUUUUGAAAUCGGAUUGGUUUCGUAUAUACCGCUUGUUAAGCACAGUAUCAACAAAUCGUAAUAAACAUCACACUGCUGUGUAUUUUCAGCAGCAUAAAACCUCAGUUGCGGUUUAUUAAUAACCAUUCAUUAUGCUCUUCCAAAAACAUUUAGUAGCCUUGAAAAAGGUCGAUUGCUGCAAUUGCAAUUUUCAUUCAAUUAUUGCAUACAUGCUUUAUGGUCAGAUAUACCCGCUGCAACUGCUACGCUAAUCGUAGCCAUGCCACAGUUGUGGCCGCUAUACGCUGCCAUUGGUAUCCGCUGUCCCUGCAUCAACUAGUGCGCCAUCCAUUGCUCCGCCGCUAUCCGCUAUCGCUGGUAUCCACUGCACUGCUACUGCUAAGGGAUAACUGCUGUUGUCGCUGUCUAGAACUAUUAUAAACGGCUUCGGCUGGAACAAGCUUUUAUAUAGGCCAAACAGCAUAUUUUCAAUUGCAAGGUAUAUGAUUCUGUCGACUGUGCUUGGGAAGCAAUCAUGUAACGACCAAUCAGAGGUCGAAUUUUGCGUUUUGACAAGGCUUGACUAUUUUCAAUAGUACAAUAGUUUGAAUAAUAAAAUUACAAUCAUCUUCAUUUGGGAUGAAUCUUAGAAGAUUUUCCAAUCUACUGCUGCAAGAACGAAGGAAAUCCAUCGAAUACUAACCGAUUUAUUAGCAUUUGAAAUUGGACAUAUUUUUAACUUUUUUCGGUUUUAGAUUUUCAUUUUACAUCCCUAUGUAGCCGAACUUCCUGAGAGAAGUAUUCUACUUCAAAAUGUGUGAGUGUGAAAAAUUUAAUGCCAUGUGCCACGUUUAGCAUACAAUCAAUUUCGAUCAGGUAGUCAUCAUGACCUUGAAGCCGCCUUCUAUUCAAUCACAAACCAAACUACCGCCUAACAAAUAUAUUUCCUUCAAAGUUAGCAAUAAAUGUAAAGAAUGUAAUAAACAUAAAAAACAGAA